CGCUCCCACGUCGGCUCGGCCCCAAUCUCGCUCCCCCCCUCUGUCGACUUGAUCCGCCCCUCGCGACCCUCGGCUCCAGCGCGCGUCCGUGGCCCAAAGGGCGAGCUCGCCGUCGACAUCGCCCCCUUUGUCCGCCUCGACCUCGUGCGCGAGCCCGCCGCGUCCGCCGCCGCCGACGCCGCCGACCCGGCCUCGACCACGCUCGUCCGCGUCGCCGUCGACGACCCGGCCGUCAAGCACCAGCGCGCCGUGUGGGGCCUCACGCGCUCGCUCGUCCACAACGCCGUCGUCGGCGUCUCGGUCGGCUAUACCCUCCCGCUCCGCCUCGUCGGCGUCGGCUACCGCGCCGCCGUCGAACCCGCGCCCCAACUCGGACCAGGCCGCAUGCGCCUCAACCUCAAGCUCGGCUUUGCCCACCCGGUCCUCGUCGACCUUCCGCCCGACGUCGUCGCGUCGACCCCGGCCCCGACCUCGAUCCUCCUCGCCGGCAUCGACAAGCAGCGCCUCGGCCAGGUCGCCGCCCGCAUCCGCAGCUGGCGCGUCCCCGAACCUUACAACGGCAAGGGCAUCUUUGUCGGCGACGAGCAGGUCCGCAGGAAGGAGGUCAAGAAGAAGUAG